GGAGGAGCAGUGAAGCCGCGGACGCGCACCGCUGGAGGCAGUCGAGCUGCAGAGCACCGGUGUCUGUGGAGAGGAAGCGUGGCUGCGGCUGCAGCACAGAGAGAGGACACAAGACAGGGGACACGAGCAAGAGACACAGCUGCUGCUGCUGCUGCAUGUGUGUGUGUGUGUGAGAGACAAGUCUGCACGCACACACACGCGCGCGCGCAACAAAGUAUGUUGACGGCGGCAGAGGAGGAGGCGAGUCCACGCACCACUGAACCUGACACAGGUGACUGAGAGGGAGAGACGGUGACUCUGCACCUUCAUCAUCAUCAUCAUCGUCAUCAUCGUCCACUGUUACCGCGCAGAAACAACGUGCAGCUUCACUGAGACACGCGCGCGCGCGCAGGACAGAGGACACUAUGUCAAAGGACACGCGAGGGAGAGGUUCAUCACGUAAACACAGCGCCACCCACUGGUGUCUGCAGAACAUCGCGCAGGAGUCUGUGGACAGUUCUGAUGAAGAGUUCUUUGAUGCCAGAGCAGACGUGAUGGAGGGGAAGAGUGCCAUGCUGCUGGGUAUGAGUCAGUGGAACUCAAAUGACCUGGUGGAGCAGAUCGAAACGCUGGGACACAUGGAGGACCAGUCACAUGCUCCUCUAAACGUCCAUUUCCCGCUGGCCUCUCUGCUCCUUCCCCAUCAAAUCCCCUCACUCACGUCCUUGUCACAUUUCCUCUGCUCCAGCUCUUCACUCCACCUUCAUUACCUCAAAUACCAGAGGGCCGUAAACACCUUCUGCUGCAGCUCACGACUCACACCGAUGGAAACAUCACAGACAAAGACUGAGCCUUAUUUUCCACUUGACUCUUCCUCAUCUCUCAGAUCCAACGCCAGUUUCUGUCUCUGCUCCAUGUUUACACUCAUGUUUAGUGUUAAGACGAUACCCUGCAAUUUCAUUGAAUUAUGCUAAUUAUUGUUUCCAUCAAAGCCAUAAAAACGAGGUGAUUCAGUCGUCGGGUUUAAAACUAUUUCACUUAAACUGAUAAAUGUAGAAUAUAAUCAGAUGAAUUUGACUGAACGAUUAAUAAAACUAUUAAAUAAGAGAGUCCAGCAGAGAUGAUAAAGAGAUAAACACACACACUGUAAAAACAGCUGACUAGAGAUGAGAUAAAUAUCCUGAAACUGACAAUAAAAAAUAAUCUGUAAUUAAAUUUUGCUGAGCUUUAAUUCAUAAAACUCUUUUAAAUUGAGCCAAUUUAACACUUGACCAGUGUUCAGCAAAGUUGUUCUCAUCACAGGUAAAUGAAUCCUCUCACAUGACAGAGCUUGAUUUUUCUUAUUGUUAGAAAACUAAUUUGGUUUUAAUUGACUGGAAUUCUAUUAAGUAGAGACAAUUUAAGACUUUAAUGUUCCUUAAAACAAGGAAAAACUGAGUCAAUAAAUUCUGUCACAUGACAGAAAUGUGACAGGAUUGGUAAAUGAAAGGUUGAUGUAAACUCACUGCAUGUACAGUCCUAACACAUAUUCUUAUAUUGAUAAAAAUGUUCUUAUUACAACAAAAUAAUCUGCCAGUGACGUUAUGUAAAUUUGGUUAAAGUAGCUUUUAAAUGUAGCUAAUUUAAAACUGUAACAUUCCUUAAAACAGAGAAAAAAUGCCAAAAAUGUCCAUAAAGAAGAAUUGAUACUUUUAUAAUUUCUUACAUUUGCACGCACUCCAAUCUGAGAUCAUUUUACAAUAAUCUGCAUUGGCUGAUUCUUCUUCUUCUUAUUAUUAUUAUUAUUAUGAACUUUUAAAUACAAACAAAUGUCAGUUACAUUCAAACCAAAUGAGUUCACACAAAGUUGAUGAAGUGAAUCAUUUCCACUCUUUAGAAACAGAAUGUUACACAAUUUCUGUCCAAACAGAGACAGAAAAACCUGGAGAAGCAACAAAGACAGAGAAACUGUAUCAAGUCUCUUUUAUUUGUAUCUUCAGGGGGAAAAGAUUCUCAGCUCUUCAAAGAUUUCUGCUCAUGGUUUACACUUUUCUUUGACCCUGGAGAGAAGUCAGUCUCUCCAGGGUCAGUGUUUGUUUCGUCUUCAGGCUACAUUUCCCUCAGUGACACUCACACACUUCUCUACCAUCAAUAACAAGUGCAGGUUUAUUUAUAUUUAAGCAAAAAACAGCAGAGUUUAAAAUCAAGUUUAAAACCAACUUAUUUACAUUAAAUAUCUAUUUAUUUUCUGUUAUUUACACGUGCAUGUCCAUUCUGUGUGACAUCCAGUGAACUUCUCUCCCUCUGAGGAUAAAGAUAACAUGUUUCUCUGCUUGUGUCGUCAGUGGGGUCAGGGGUCAGGGGUCAGACAAACAGUAAAACUCCCCUCAGACAAAACGUGUGACCUCGACUUUUAUGAAUCCGUUUCCUUUCAACUGAAGUGAUCCGACUUUUGUUGUCUGACGAGUUUUUACGCCGUGACUCAGAUUUGUGGCUAUUUAUACAAAAUCUAUUUCCAAUGAAAUUAACCAUAGACUGUAUGAAAUUAACAUGGCAAAAAUCCAAUAUUCUUCUGUUGAAGGUUAAAUUUGAUGGUUAAUAAUAAAUGGGUCAGUUUUUCUCAUACCUGCUGUU